UGAUAUGUACAAGGGUACAACAUACUAGAUUGUACAACAGUACCUCCCCACUUUUAAGGUCUACAACUUCUACAAUAUUAAUACAAUAUUAAUUAAUUACACCUCACAGAGUGUAUUAUACAUAUGACAGAACACUUUUAGCUAGUAAAAUAUUUUAAAUGGCUUUUCUGAUCACCUAGUAAUCAUUUCUUAUUCAAGUUUGCUUGCACAUAGCACAACACAUUGUUAGGUAUGAUUAUUGUCACGUAAUGGUUAAGGACAGUGUACCUUGUGUGCAGAGUGCAAGCAAGGACUCUGGCAAGACUAGCUACAGCAUAAUUAAAAAGGAGAGCCAGAAGGUAACAAAGACAUGAGGAUGCCUGGGACAUAAAGUGGCCAGCCACAGUUCAAAGCUAUGCUGAUCUUUUUAUAACCUUCUCCAUCUUUUUUCCUCCUAACAACUUCAUCUCAAAGCUUCAUGGGCAGUUCCUUGGUGCUCAUGAUAGCAGGAUUGAUCUGAUCUGAUGUUUUAGCUGUGAGAACUCCCAAGCUGAAAACGUGUAGACCAGGGCAGUAUCCCUGUGAAUGCAGGUUUCAUGAUUGAUGAAACCAAAACAUAGUGAGAUUGGCAGCAAAGCCUUGACACCUAGGCAAAGGUGGAUCGUCCUGGUUAAGGAUUUCAUCAAACCCUACAUUGUUCACUGUCCAUCUCAAACCACUGGUCAUGGAGAGUCUGAAACCCUGGGAAUUCAGGGUACAAGGCGGGGGACACCCUGGAAGGGGUGCAAAUCUAUCGCAGGGCACAAUUACACCCACACACACACCUACAUACACACACACACACAUGCACACACACACACACUAUGGACAAUUUAGAAAUGCCAAUCAGCCAUCACUGCAUGUCUUUGGACUGGAGGAGAACAUGCCCAAAGGACGGGGAGAACAUGCAAACUCCGCACACACAGGGCAGAUGCGCGAUUAAAACCCCCAACCCCGGAGGUGCAAGGCAAACAUGCUAACCACCAAGCCACCCUCAUCUGAAUAUAUUAAACAUAAUUUUUCGUUGUUCAUUAAUGAUAAGGUUUCCAUGAUACAAAAAAGUUAGCAGCAGUUAGCAGCGUUUAGCAGCAGUUAGCAGUGAUUAGCAACGUUUAGCAGCAUUAAGCAGCGAUUAGCAGCAGUUAGUGGCGAUUAGCAGCAGUUAGCAGCGAUCAGUAUUUCUCUUGUACAUUUCCAUCUGUGGUAAGUAGCCUUGUAAUAAUUUAUCAAAUAAUCUUUUUUCUUAUAUUUUAAUAGUUAAAUGGGUAUUCUGAACACUUUAGACUGUUUUUUAUUUGUUUUUCUGUAAUUUUAUUAUCGUACUGAGUAUGGAUGCACUGAAUUGAAAAUUCUUGGCCAAAGCCGAAGCCGAAUAUAAUGAAAAACUUGGCCGAAGGCCAAAGGCCGAAUACCGAACACGUUUUUUAAUUUAUUUUGCCAUUUUUUUCACCAUUGCAUAAAUUAAAUAGUCAAAAUGUGCUUUUUACUAUUUUGUCUUGCUUUUCAAAGGAAAAAAUCAAUUACAAAAACUACAAUUUCAAAAUAUUUAUUUAACACUGAACUUUUUUUUUUUCAUUGCAGCAGGCAUAGGCUACCAACAAGGCACAAUAUAACUUUAAAUAAAUAAAUGAGUAAAAUAAAAAUAAUUUCAUUGGGUCAUCUUUGAGCCCCCCUUGAAUAGUUGAUGUUAGGCCUAUAACUGACUGCUGGAAGAAUGUAACACUCUGUAGUCUACAACAAAAAAGUGCAUUAAAAAGUGCAUUGACGAGAGUGCAAAAAAUGGUUCUAUUCAGUUCUAUACGGCUGAUUAUAUUGGGGAUAUAUACCGCUCGCGUCCCUGUACACCUCGCGGAGUAUUAUAGUAGAUAUAGUGUAGUUAGAUACGUUGUUAAUGUUCUGUUCCUUGAUAGGUUUAGUUAGUUUAAACUGUAGAUUAGUUCAUUUAGUUCACACUGGUUUUUCCGCUCCCAGUCCAUGGUACUAGUUCAGGUUUCUUGUUUUGUGUUUUGACCCUGUUUUCUGUGACCGCGACUUUGAUUCCUGUUUUGCCCCGUUUAUGCCUGUUUGCUGAUCGCCUACCCUUUGCCUGUCUUGACAACGUUUUUUGGAUUACGAUUUGGAUUUGUCUGCCUGCCCUUAAAUAAAUACAUCUUUACCUGCACCUGCUUCCGUACUCUACUCCCUUACAUCCCUUGACGUGACAGAAUAUUCCGGAACAGAAACAAAAUAAACACACCUGUCCAGAGUAAACAUCCGAAGAGCACGUAGCUCGUGCAUGUAGCUCAUGCAUGCGCGCGCCCCCUCAUCGAGGUCGUGACAUUCACGCGUCUCACUCUGGUUGCUAGGCUAUUUGGUCGCUUCAUCAAACACGUCAUUGAUCGGUCAAAUUCAUUCUGCCUGUUCACUUAUUCGGCCGAACACCGAAAAUGCUUUUUUUGCUAUUUUCCACCAAAUAAUUUCGGUUGCCAAACAUUCGGUGCAUCCCUAGUACUGAGAAAUGUAAGAACGUUUAGUCCUUUAUGUUUUAAGAUUUUUCCGAUAUCCAAGGAGAAAAGUAUUUUUAUUUUACUAUACUAAUCUUUGUCUAUUUAAAACUGUAGGUUUAGUGCUAUUGCUUUCCUCCAUCACUGAGGGUUUGAUUGAUUUAUUAUUUAUUUUUUAGGUAGAAUGAACCGUAAAAUGAUGGCCACACUGUAUGUGGUUGAUCUGCACCCCGAUGUGAUGGAGCCUAUGCUUGCAAAGAAAUUCAGCUCUGCAGGCCACAUUCACUCUAUCUGGCUCUGCAGGAACUGGAAGACCCGCUCCUCACUCGUCUACGCUUGCAUCAACUUUCAGCAGUGGGCCAACGCUGAGCGAGCAUUGGAAAUGUUUCAUCUUGAGCUCCUUAUGGGAUGGCCCAUGCUAAUGUGGUCUCAGAGGGUUUCAUCUCUGAGGAACUCCAGCAAUAGAAACCUGUUCAUUAAGAACUUGGACAAGUCGAUUGACACCCUGACCCUUUUUUACACCUUCUCAUUCUUUGUGAAAGCCCUGUCUUGCAAGAUUCGGGCUUUGAACUGUGAUGAGAAGGGGUUGAAAGGGUAUGGCUACAUCCAUUUUGAGUCUGCUGAGGCAGCGGACUUGGCGAUGAAGAGACUAAACGGCAAACUGUUGAACGGCUGUAAAGUGCUCAGAACCUGGCUGUUUCUUACACCCCCAGCCAGAAGGUCGAGCACCACCCAGAUCUGCUCUGGACUGCACAGACCAUCCAGCCACAACAUGUCCAGAAUAUAUCUGAUGUGGUUCAACCUGCACCGGUGCAUCAGCAGACCGGUGGUACUAUCACAACAGAAGUGCCAUGUUUAAAUGAAGAGUGUAUAAGCAUCACUACAUCAACAUCUACAGAUACUGUUCCAGUGGCAGACACAAUGCCAACUGUAGAAACAGUUUCACCUGUAGAUAGUGUCUCAGCUGCAGAUGAGGUUCCAUCUCCAACUCAAGCUCCAACAUCCAUCAGUGAAGUGCAGCAGGACAAGGACACAAUGAUGAUUACAUGUUACUUCUGGUUGAGGAAAUCCACCCGACUCAGGCUAACAAGGUCACCUGGAUGCUUUUGGAGGGUGUGAACAAUUUUGAGAUCAUGGACAUGAUUGGAUAUCCUGAGCUCCUGCGUACCAGGGACACACUCCUGAAGGCCAGGGAAGCUGGUUAUAAGCAGGAAACCCUGUAUAUGUUAUUUAACAAGAAGAAGAAGAACAAGAAAAGAAAGAAUCAAUAAACAUUGCAACUAGUAUUGCACAUAUUAUUAAGUAAUUUGGAUCUUGAUUAUUGUCUUUUAUUUAGAAUUUAAAGAUUGUGAAUGAAUUAGCUCCAGAGUGUUAAAAUCUUAAGUAUUAACUGAGAAGAAUUAACGUCACAGAGUCAAAACUCAGAGAUUAAGUUGUAAAAGGCUGAGUUAGAUAAAGAACAGAGGUUUGACCUGAUUGCUGAGACUUCAUCAGAAAAGGGGGAAUAUUCUUCAAAUAGUGUCUUGUCAAAUCUGAGAAUAACUUCUCUAAUAGACCAUGAGCACCCUAGUUAUCUCAGAAAUCUCCAUCCAUCCAUCCAUCCAUCUUCUACCGCUUACUCGUUCUUCAGGGUCGCGACUCAGAAAUCUGAAAUGAUCUUAAAUCUGAAUGUACAUGACAUUAUAUUGGGGACUUCACUAGAGAUUUAUGAAUGGGGUGGGGGGGUCUGCGCAGCCCCCCCCCCCCCCCCCCAAUUUUUUGAAGCCACCAAAACAUUUUUCUAUUCAUGUAUAUUUUAGCGUAACAAUGGGUGUAAAAUCUAUAGAAACAAGGUUAUUUUUGGUCAAGGUAUACCUGUCUCAUAAUUUGUGUUAGAGACUGAUCUGAUAUGACUCACUUAAAUUAUAUAAAAAUAAAGAAAUUCCACAAAGAACAAAGAAAGUCCACUUCGUCCCCAUCCAUCCAACAAAAAUGGCAAAAAUGGCUGUACUAUGUAGCCAAAAUACUUUUUGGAUUUUAUUUAGAGAAAGUGAGUGAGACGUUGAGUGAGUAAUCAACAUUACAUUAGUGCACACUGUCUUUGUUAAUUACAUUAACUACUUUUACAUGGGCAGUUAUAAUCGAGCUACUGUGUAGUCGAGCUACAGUCUUAUUUGUCUGUCCGGGUAUACAAGACACGAUGUGUAAUCAAAUUAUUGAUACGGUUUGGUGCAAUCCCUUGUGUUGCACAUCACCACUUGUAAUGAUCUGGGAGUAUUUCCCAUUUAGACCAGGAGGCAGGGGUGCAACUGCACAUUUGCUGAGGGGUAUGCAAGAUCAUUGUUGUUUAAUGAGAUGUGUUGAAUAAAGACAUGAAAGA